AUUUGUAUUUGUCGUGUUUUUGAACAAUUAAUGUGAUCUUAGCUGUUGAAUGCAUGCUGAUAAUUUGUCAAACCUUAGCUGGGGGGACUUGCCUCCGGUCUUGACAGAGAGGGCUCUGCGUGCCCAGUUCGGCACUGGCCUAGGGUUUGCGUGAUUCUCUCCCCAAGAACUGCCUUGGAGAGUUGGGACCCCGCGCCACAGUGAGGACAGGCUGACACCUAGUGGCCGGGAGCCGCAACUGCUCCAGGCCAGUGGCCUGGAGAAGAGAAUCACCCCAGCUGUCUGGGCAAAUCCGGUCUUCUCCCCCCCAGCCUCCAGGGAGCCAGGAGACUAGGGCUGGGACGGUCUAAAGGAGGACUAUGACAGCCGCUUGGCCUCCGGGGCUCAAGAGAGAGCCGAGAGAUGCGGGGAGAAGGAGGAAAACAAGUCGAUCUGAGGCCAGAGGCGGGACGGUGUCUGGGCGGAGCCACUGUUCGAGGCGGGGUUUCCGAACCCUCCCCAGGACCAGGGUUUUGUAGGGGAAGCGGACGCGUGAUGGGUCCCGCCCAGCUCUGCCCAGAAAGGAGUUGAGGCGAAGAGAGGGAUCUCGCGGAGCCGGCCCUAGGCAGGCGAGCGGGCGGCCCCGGAGAAAGUUGUUUAUGGCAGAGCCCCGAGAUGCUGGUGGAGAUUGAGGCAGCUUGGUCGCUUUCUGGCUAUUUGCUCGUUUGCUUCUCUGCUGGGUAUUUCAUUCACGACACGGUGGACAUAGUAAUUAGUCGUCAGGCCAGAGCUUCUUGGGAAUACCUUGUUCACCAUGUCAUGGCCAUGGGUGCCUUCUUCUCAGGCAUCUUUUGGAAAAGGUUUGUUGGUGGAGGUGUCCUAACACUACUGGUGGAAGUCAGCAACAUCUUCCUCACCAUGCGCAUGAUGAUGAAAAUCAACAAUGCCCAGAAUCUCCUCCUCUACCAGGUCAACAAGUAUGUCAACUUGGUCAUGUACUUUCUCUUCCGCCUGGCUCCUCAGGCCUACCUCACCAACUUCUUCCUGCAGUAUGCAGGCCAGAGGACCCUGGGGACCUUUCUGCUGGCCAUCCUGCUCAUGCUAGAUGUGAUGAUCCUCAUCUACUUUUCCCGCCUCCUCCGCUCUGACUUCUGCCCUGACCGUGUUCCCAGCCAACAACACAAAGAUAAGUUCUUGACUGAGUGAGAGGAACAGAGCCUGGUACAUGUGGCAAGGACAGCAAACACAGAACAGAAACAGCCUCACACAUGAACUGGGUCUCUACCCCAACUGAACAUCCCCAGGGGCCAGUCUCUACCUUGAGCCUACACCCACACUACUGAAAGCACUCUUCUGAAGCCUUAAAAUCCUUUCUUGGGUAACCAGUGAGGGAAGCAGACAAACUGGUUGGACAUGCAUGUGGGUGUGAGGACAAGGAUCCAACCCAAAUCCAGCCAACCCACAGUGACCUGAAAUGGAUGCUAAAGACAGUUCUAAACUUCCAGGGAUAAAAGGGAAUCCUGUAAAGCUUGUUCUCUUGUCCCGGAGUUCCUAGGACAAAUAACCCUCAUCUGAGUAAUAAAACCUCUGGUGUUAACUACCAGGGUUAUUAACAAGUA